UACCUGACUCUUUGCUGCCUAUUCUCCCCAACAACAUAAAACAGCUCUGGGUAAGCACCAAGCAGUAAAGCAGGUAAUGUGGGCUAGCAUCUUGGCCUUGACCUGAGACUACCAAUCCAGUAACAGAGUCAUGGGGACCCAGGGUAUCAGCUUCCUGCAGAAGGUCCAGAAGAGUAGGAGAUGUCAUGUGCUAGUAGUAUAAACUAGUCCAUGUUGUGAGGACAAGGUAAGGGUGUGUUUCUGGGGAUUGCUAGAGGGCUGAGGCUGCCAUGUACAGGGCAAAGGAAUAGGCCUAAGAGUAGAAAUUGGACUUUCAUUUGUGAAGAUUCAAGGAAAUAAAGCUGGAGUAAAAAGUCUCUUCCUAUAUUGGAAGAAACAAGGUAAAAUGAGGCCUCCUGGCAGAGAGAUCAGAGAAGCUGACACAAAAAAGUGCUUACCUAGUUUCUUAACCCUUGUAAGGUGGGAGCACAGGAUAGGGAAUUAACUCCAGCCUUCCAGUUCGUCGUUUCCAUUUGCCGUCGUUUCCAUUUGCUUGCUAAAUAAAUCCUUACAAUUCAGUUCCCUAGUCAUUUUUAAAACUUCCUCCUUCUUCUGGAAGCCAUUUGUGCUCUGUCAUUUCUGCCUUAAACUUACCUGUUGAAUCCACUGUCUUACCUCAGUUCCCAGUACCACAAAUGGAAUAGUGGCUUUUAGUUCCUCUUAUUUGGAUAUUACUGUGAUAAUCACCUGCCUCUGUUCUGCCCCAGCCCUCUUCACGUACUCUGUAAGUCUCUCUCCUGUUAAAACUAUUCAGUAGUUACCUAUCAUAGCCUUUGGGCUGAAAUUCUAAGAUCCUCCAGGACAGUGCAGACACCCCCCUACCAUUCAUCCUGUAGCUAGCUGUUCUAAAGCUCUUCCCUGUAGUUCCAACCCUACACACACACUGCACUCCUACCCUUCUGUGCCUUUGCACAUUCUGUUCCCCCUUCCUGGAAUGGCCUGCAGGCUUUUCCAUGCCGCCUAGGUUCUGCUACUUCAUGGCAGCCUUUAGGACCCAACCAACCCUGAACCCCUUCACACGGCACUUAAAAGUUAUAAUUUACUUGUUUGUCUUCCUCAAAAGUCUGUGAUCUACCCAAAGGCAGGGUCUGAGUAUUUCAUCUGUAUUCCCCGGCGUCAGGAAUUUAGAGCCAUGCCAACAGCUACAGGACUGCUUUGGGAAACCAAGGCGGGAGGGGCAGUUGGCGGGCUCCUGAGAAGAGGGGCGGGGUGGGGGGGGGGGAGUUGCUUAUGAGGGAGGGCGUGGUCGGAGGCGGGACUCUGCCCUUAACCCUACCCUGGGGCGCUAGGGCGCCUGCGCAGAAAGCGUUAAGAUGGAGAUCGGUGAAGUUGACGUCCGCUCGGCAAUGGUGGUGUUUCUCUGAAAUGAAAUACAUAAAAUGUUUUAUUUCAGAAAUUCCAUGGAAUUAUAGUUGGUACUAUUCUGCAAUGUCUCUAGUUGAAAGCCAAAGUGAAGACAGACAAAGUGAAGAACAAGUGAGAUAUCUACAAGCCAAUAGCAGAGAACUCAACUCUACCUUUGGAUAUCCCAACAAUACCAUCAAGACCUCAAGAUACAGUGUCUUUAACUUCUUGCCCCUGAACCUGUUUGAACAAUUCCAGAGACUUGCAAAUGCAUAUUUCCUCAUUUUGCUAUUCCUACAGUUGAUUCCCCAGAUCUCCUCCUUGGCGUGGUACACGACUGUGAUACCCCUGAUGGUGGUGCUAUCCAUAACAGCAGUGAAGGAUGCCAUCGAUGAUGUGAAAAGGCACCAAAAUGACAAUCACGUCAACAACCGUUCUGUUCUGGUGGUGAUGAAUGGCAGGAUAAAGGAAGACAAAUGGAUGAAUAUUCAAGUGGGAGAUAUAAUAAAACUAAAAAAUAAUCAGCCUGUCACGGCUGAUGUGCUAUUACUCUCUAGCAGUGAGCCCUAUGGUCUGACAUAUAUAGAAACAGCAGAAUUGGAUGGUGAAACCAACCUGAAAGUGAAGCAGUCCAUCUCAGUUACCAGUAACUUGGAAGAUAACCUGGGGCUGCUGUCUUCUUUUGAUGGAAAAGUAAGGUGUGAGUCUCCCAAUAACAAGUUGGACAAAUUCACAGGAAUACUGACUUUUAAGGGAAAAAACUACACCCUGGACCAUGACAAGCUGCUACUCCGAGGCUGCAUCAUCAGGAAUACAGAUUGGUGCUAUGGCUUGGUGAUUUACACUGGACCAGACACCAAAUUAAUGCAGAACUGUGGAAAGUCUACCUUUAAGCGGACACACAUGGACCAUCUCUUAAAUGUCCUCGUGCUCUGGAUUUUCCUGUUUUUAGGUGGCAUGUGUUUUAUCCUAGCAAUUGGGCAUGGCAUUUGGGAGAACAAGAAAGGCUACUACUUCCAGGAUUUUCUACCAUGGGAAGAAUAUGUGUCUUCAUCAGUAGUCUCUGCCAUCCUCACAUUCUGGUCCUAUUUCAUUAUUCUCAACACUAUGGUGCCCAUUUCCCUUUAUGUCAGUGUUGAGAUAAUAAGAUUGGGCAACAGUUGCUAUAUCAACUGGGAUCGGAAGAUGUAUUAUGCACCAAAGAACACACCAGCACAGGCUCGCACCACCACCCUUAAUGAGGAACUUGGCCAGGUCAAAUAUGUGUUCUCCGACAAAACUGGAACCCUGACUCAGAACAUCAUGAUUUUCAAUAAGUGUUCUAUUAAUGGGAUAAUCUAUGGUUAUGGCUAUGACAAGAAUGGACAAAGAGUAGAAGUCUCUGAGGAAACAGAAAAGGUCGACUUCUCCUACAACAAACUGGCUGAUCCUAAGUUUUCAUUUUAUGACAAUACUUUGGUGGAAGCCAUGAAAAAGGGAGAUCACUGGGUGCACUUGUUUUUCCUCUCACUCUCAUUGUGUCACACUGUGAUGUCAGAAGAGAAAGUGGAAGGUAAGCUGGUGUACCAGGCUCAGUCCCCAGAUGAAGGUGCCCUCGUCACUGCUGCCAGGAACUUUGGCUUUGUAUUCCGUUCCCGCACAUCUGAGACGAUCAUGGUAGUUGAAAUGGGUGAGACCAAAGUCUACCAACUGCUGGCUAUUUUGGACUUCAGCAAUGUGCGCAAGAGGAUGUCUGUUAUUGUGAGGACACCUGAAGAUCGAGUAAUGUUAUUCUGCAAGGGUGCAGACACCAUUCUCUGUCAGCUGCUCCAUCCAUCCUGUAGAUCCCUCAGAGAUGUGACCAUGGAACAUUUAGAUGAUUUUGCCUUUGAAGGUCUCCGCACCCUCAUGGUGGCCUACCGAGAAGUGGAUAAUGCCUUCUACCAGGCCUGGAGCAAGAAGCACAGUGAAGCCUGCCUGUCUUUGGAAAAUCGGGAAGAUAAAAUAUCAGAUGUCUAUAGAGAGAUGGAAAAAGACUUGAUGCUGUUAGGGGCCACAGCCAUAGAAGACAAGCUCCAGGAUGGUGUACCUGAAACAAUCACCACCCUGAACAAAGCCAAAAUUAAGAUAUGGGUCUUAACUGGAGAUAAGCAAGAGACUGCUGUGAACAUUGCCUAUGCCUGUAACAUAUUUGAGGAAGAAAUGGAUGGGAUAUUCAUCGUGGAAGGCAAGAAUGAUGAGACUGUUCGGCAAGAACUCAGGUUGGCAAGGAAAAAGAUGAAACCUGAGUCUCUACUGGAAUCAGACCCAGUAAACACCUAUCUGAACACGAAGCCCCAAAUGCCCUUCAGAAUACCUGAGGAGGUGCCCAAUGGCAACUAUGGCUUGAUCAUCAAUGGCUACAGUCUGGCCUAUGCUCUAGAAGGGAACCUGGAGUUGGAACUGCUGCGAACAGUGUGCAUGUGCAAGGGAGUGAUCUGCUGCCGGAUGACACCCCUUCAGAAGGCCCAGGUGGUAGAGCUGAUGAAGAGGUACAAGGAGGUGGUGACACUGGCCAUCGGGGAUGGGGCCAAUGACGUCAGCAUGAUCAAAGCUGCCCACAUUGGGGUUGGCAUCACUGGCCAGGAGGGAAUGCAGGCCAUGCUCAACAGUGACUACGCCAUCUCCCAGUUCUGCUAUCUUCAGCGUCUACUCUUGGUCCAUGGCCGAUGGUCCUACAAUCGCAUGUGCAAGUUUCUCAGCUACUUCUUUUACAAAAACUUUGCCUUCACCCUGAUGCACUUCUGGUAUGCCUUCUUCAGCGGGUUCUCUGCACAGACAGUUUAUGAUACCUGGUUUAUCACUUUCUACAACCUGGUCUACACCUCCCUCCCUGUCCUGAGCUUGAGUCUGUUUGACCAGGACGUGAAUGAAACAUGGAGUCUACGCUUCCCAGAGCUGUAUGACCCAGGCCAGCACAACCUCUAUUUCAACAAGAAGGAAUUUGUGAAGUGUUUAGUGCGUGGGAUCUAUAGUUCCUUCGUGCUGUUCUUUAUCCCUAUGAAGACCAUUCAUAACUCAGUGCACAGUGAUGGGAAAGAGAUCUCUGACUACCAGUCCUUCUCCCUGCUAGUACAGACUGCCUUGCUCUGCGUGGUCACAGUGCAGAUUGCCCUAGACACAACCUACUGGACAUUGAUAAGCCACAUCUUCACCUGGGGUAGCCUGGGUUUCUACUUUUGCAUCUUAUUCCUCCUGUACAGUGAUGGCUUGUGCCUAAUGUUCCCCAAUGUCUUCCAAUUCCUAGGUGUGGCCAGGAACACUCUGAACCUGCCACAAAUGUGGCUGAUUAUUAUCCUCAGCGUGGUCCUCUGUAUUUUGCCUGUGAUUGGGUACCGAUUUCUCAAACCAUUGUUCUGGCCUGCCGACGUGGACAAGAUUAUGAACAGAAUUCAUCUUUGGACAAGACAUCCACUGCUACCCCCUACCCAGACCAAACUGAGACACACAAGGCCUCGACGUUCUGCCUAUGCAUUCUCCCACAAACAGGGCUUUGGGGCCCUCAUCACUUCAGGCAAAACAAUGAAGGACAAGAGCUGACACCUUUUCAGGCUUCAGAACUGGGAGAAGGAGACUGCUGGGGAUGUUUAAAAAUCCUUUCUUGAGGGGGUAUAAGCCACAAUUGAUGAACAUUUGUCUUCAUUCCAUAAAAUUACUUUGAGAAGAAAUUGUAUGUACUUGGGAAAUUGUUUCUGAGAAGUUUAUGGAGUAAUAAAUUGCUUAUUUUGGAGUGGAGAGAUAUGUAUGAUCUGUUGGAUCCCAGUGACAGUAACAUCCAAGCAGUAUCAUUGGCCCCACUGCCCCAUCCACCCCUUUUCUCUCCUUCUGCAGUUCCAUUUCACUUUUCUGUCCUUUGUUGCUAAACUCUAUCUUGACCUCAAUAUGACCACAUCCUUUGACCAUGGAGCUUUAUCCCCUUUACACACCUUGGUACUAGGUUGAGUGACUUCAUCCAGACUUCGUUUAUCAACAGAAUGAAGAUUUUAAACUAUCUUAGAUCUUUCUUAGAACCAGAUCCAUUUAUUAAACUGAUUCUGAAAUCCUUCAUUUAGUUGAAUCCUAGGAAAUUCACACUCAGUCCACCAACAUGUAUUAAUCAUUUUCCCCCAAAACAUCACCCAGGAUGCUGCCACCGUGAUCCCAGUCACCCAAGGCAGUGAUGGAAAUCAUUCCACACUCUUCCUCUAGUCUGAUGUCUAUUAAUAGGUCAUCAAGAAAUGUAAACUCUGGGGUGCCAGGGUGGCUCAGUCGUUAAGCAUCUGCCUUCA